AUGGGCGGGCUUGGACAUGCCCGGCAGCCCGUGUAUCGCCUCUCCAACCCGCGAUGGGGCAGUGAAGCAAAAGAGGAAAAGGCAUCCGGGGACACAAGAGCCCCAAGCAGGAACCACGGAGACAACAUCGCGGCGGGGAUGUAUCGCGUCACGUCCCUCAAGGUCGGGUCGGAUGCUCUUUGGGGGGCCGGCAGUCGCGCGCGUGACGUGGCGGCCGAUUGA